AUGAGCAGAAUAGACAAACUUGUUCCAAAGGUCUUUAAUGUGCAUCUAAUUUACUACUAUGCAGAUGUUCCCUCCAUCCCUCUUUUCGUCCCCUACAUUACAUUUUCUGCGCACCCCUCUGUGCCUCUGAGACGAAAUAUGGCCGGUUCGGGGAUCUAUGUUCUAACAGGGACCGUCAUCCGUGACAAGUCUGGACCCUCGACGUUUAUUUCAUAUUUAUUAGCUGGAAUAACUGCAUUUUUAAACGCUCUUUGUUACGCUGAACUCGCCUCUAGAAUACCAAAAGUAGGCAUUUAUUUUGACUGA